UUUAUUUCCCAUUUAAAAAAUGGAGGUGAGCCUGUUUAUUGAACCUGGCUGGGAGUCCAGGCUAGAGGAGGAGGGAGGGACAGCCUGGCUUUCCAAAAAAAUUCGGAAUGAGAAAGGGGUACACCUGGAUUUAACAAGAAGAGGAAAUCAGGUUUGUGGUGAUGAGGGUUUACACGGGUUCCUGGUGAAACCAAGGAUUCUCAGUAUAUCCUGGGGUACAGAUACUGCGGCCUUCCUCGCCCCUCAACAAAUAUUCAAAUUCGAUACCCCGUUAUCCGGUUUGGAUGUUGGAGUGGGAGGUUUAGGAGUUAUUAGCUCCGCAGAAAGAAUUCUCGUCUUUGAAACUCAGAGUGGAGAAGUGAGACGGCAGUUUCAAGAACAUGUUGCAGAGGCUGUAACUGGUGCCUGUAUAGUGGAAAAGGGAAAGAAUAUUGCUACAGUGUCUAAAGACGGAUCGGUUAGACUUUGGAUUUGUGGGCAGUCAAGAUGCUUUGCUGUGAUAGAAACCGGGGAUAUCUUAAACACUUGUACACUACUGGAUACAACCACAUUCACUUCGGAUAUUGAGCUUGGAACUCCUGUAGGAGAUGAGCUAGGAGAGGAGGGAGUUCAGGAUAAACUCCUGGUGGCAGGAGGAGAACAAGGAGGAGUUUAUCUAGUUGAUCUAGCAGCGAGACAGAUUAUUACAAGGUUUAAGUGUGACUCUGCUGUUAACUGUAUUGCUAGCCGUGAUAAAGAAAUCCUUGCAGGAAUAUAA